AUGUCGAAAGCCGCAUCUGCUGUUUCUGCUGCUGUCAAGAAGACGUCUCUCCCAGAGGCGAGUCCAAAGAAGUCGGUCGUCAGUGAGACAACUACAACAACCACCAAGAAGUCGUCCCUAUUCACGUGCGAACACAAACUCGCCCCCUCUGAACUCCCAUCUACAGUAGGAAACGGGUUGUUGAGUGCCGUCAAGAACGGAACGACUCCACUCGUCACGACGACUACCGUAACCACCCAGAAGCAGACAACUCUUCCGCCGAGAAAACUGACAGCCCAACAGUCGCGUGAUCUAUCACCUCCGAAAUCCAAAAAUCAAAAGUCUCCGAGUCCGAGUCGUGCGGGUUCAGGCGAUUCUGGAACGAGGAAGGAUUCUGGAAAGUCGGAGAAGUUGACAAAGGAGUUGGAGAGGGUGAAACUCGAGAAGACAGAUUCCCGCGAAUCAGCGACCCUUCCAACACCAAAACAGUAUCCGGAUUCUGAUGACGAACGGGAUACGAACAAGAGGGCUCUCCGCUUCGGAACCACAACUGAAUGGCAAUCGGAUAAUCUGGAGAAGUUUUACAAGGAACACGGGAAAUUUCCAUCGGCUGAAGCUGUCAAGAAGUUCGGGCAAAUGUUCUCAAUGACCGAGUUGAUUGCGGAGACCUGGCUAGAAGCUCGUCGCCAGCAAACCUAUCAGAAGUACGUUGAGAAAGGUCUGCAAACGGAGCCAUCAGUCAUCCAGUUCUACUGCGAAUCUCUGAAAAUCGCCGAGGGUCUUCGUUUGGAGAACCCGAGUGUCCAAACCAAAUCAUUCUUCACGUUGGACGGCGUCAAUAAGCUCGAGCAGAAAAAAGAGGAAGAAGAGAAACGGAUGCCGUUGAUUUCCGUAUCAUCCAAUAAGUUGUACAUAAGUUCGAAGAAAGAGGAGAAGUGUCAAUUGACAAUUAAAAACGAGGGGGUAGUCAAUAUUGUCUAUCAGAUAAGCAUUAUGCACGCAGCCAACUAUGUGAUGUCACCGAUUUGUGCAAUUCUUCAUCCAAAUGAGGACCUCACACUGAAUAUCACUAGAAAGGGAAAACUGCUCGAUGAGGAGUUCUUCCGUAUUGACUACGGCCUUGCACCGGAAGGCAUUAUCGAUGCGAGGGACUCGGCGGAUCGUGCCGAAUUCACCGAUCGCGAGAUCAUUGAGGUUGUCGAGAUUGACGAGAGGGACAUGAAAGUUGCACGUUGA